UGAUCAUUAAAUUAUUUUUGUUGAGGUUAAUAUGAUUAUUAGCAAUAAAUAUCACUGCUAAACAUCAAAAAACUCAUUGCAAAAUAUUAGAAACCUGUUAUAAAUCUUUCCAAGUAUGUAAUAGAUGUGUAGUGUAAUAAAACUUGGAGUGAAAUAGAGAGAAAUGUCAGCGAAGAGUGAAGGGGCCCCUUCCCCAUUCUCCUGAUAUUGCUCACCUUCCCGUAGUCGUCGUGCGCUUUGAGGUUCCGAUGAGGGCCCAUUUAACGGUCCUCUUUUACCUCGCGACUUCUUACCUGAGAGGCCAUUUUGAGUCUGUCUUCCUUUCAACGUAUAUACUGUGGUCCAUCUGUCAAAACAAUUGAAUAUUUUGACCAUUUAUUCUAACUCCAUACUCUUCAGCAUCAUCAACUUAACCUGUUAGAUUAAUCUGAUCAUCUAGAGUUGACAACAUUCAUCAAGAAAAGCUUGGACACAGUGAAUUAUUUAUCAUCUUGUGACUGCUGGAUCCUACUAACAUACAUAAUUGUGAUUUUAAUGUGAUUAAAUAUUAAUUCAAAAUUAAUAAAUGCAACAAGUGAGUGCAGACAAGUGAUUGUGAUUCAAUGUAUCGAUGUGAAGUCAAUAAUAUUUUGUAAUGAUUCAUCCCAAGUGAUUUUAAUGAGCAUUUUUGCUUGAAUUUAAUUUAACCAGGCAAUGGAAAGGACCCAGAUAUUAUUCGAGAUUGAAACUUAAUGAAUUGUAUUUUUAUAUUAACAAAUCAUUAGUCUGGAUCAAGUUUUAGACGCUAUUUAUCAUUAUUCAGCUAAAAUUAAGUUAAAAUGGGAUCUAAAAUAGAAUAUGUCGAGUCUUCGCAGAUGUAUGCAACUAAUUACGUUCGUAAUUCAAAAGCCAUUGGUGUUUUAUGGGGAAUAUUUACUAUUUGUUAUGCAAUCAUUGGCGUUGUGACUUUCGUGACCCCUGAAUGGAUUGGAGACUUGGAGCAUGAGAAUCCUGGAAGGUUUGGACUCUGGUCUCGUUGUAGUUAUGGAUCUAAUGGUGAGGUUGGUGAAGAGUGCAUUGGACGUCUAGAUGAUUUAUCAACAAUAGCAAAUGUGCCAUUCAAAGCCAGUACAGUUCUUGUUGGAAUUGCAGUGAUAAUAGCUUUAUUAUCCAUUUGUGCUAUGUUAUUAUUUUUCUUCUGCCAAAGUACCACAGUUUUUUAUAUCUGUGGAUGGAUGCAAGUUAUUUCUGCUAUCUGUAUGGGUGUUGGAGUUGGAGUUUAUCCAUUAGGAUGGGAUUCACCAGUUAUUCGGAAUGUUUGUGGAGGAUCAGCAUCUAGGUAUAAUCCAGGUGCUUGCGCCAUAAGAUGGGCCAUUCCACUUGCUGCAAUAGCAGCUCUUGAUGCAGUUACUCUUGCUGCUCUUGCAUUUAUUCUUGCUUCGCGACACGUGAGACUUCAACCAGAGCCUUUUAAUAAUGGAUCUCUUUACAAAGGUGAAGUAAACCCAGGAUAUGUUAAUGAAGCACAAAGUGUUGCUGGCUCACGGAAAUCACUCUCUCUUCGUCCAGUUUUGCUUGUAGCACCACCGGAACAGGAUAGAUAUAGUGAGCUUUCGCGGGCAAAAUCUCACUCUCAUCAUAGUUUGUAUUCACCUGGACCAACACAUCCUGUUCACACGCUCUCUACAAAUACGUUGAAUCAUUCACAACGUAAUUUUCAACUUUAAAAGGUGCAAUAAUGUUGACUGAUGGUAUCCUGAUGUGAUCAGAGCAAAUAAAUCAAAGUCAAAUAUUUUUAUUUACUACUUUGAUUUAUUAUUAUUUUUUUUUUCUUUUUAAAAUCAUGUAAAUGGAUAUCUUUAUGUAAUUUAUGGAUUAAAAAAUUACAUUUAUUUAGUUUAUUAAGUAAUUUACCGUUGUAAAAUUAUUACUAAUUAGUUACCUUGAUGGAAGUGUGUAUCUUUAAGACUAAUCAAUGAACAAAAGUAUGUUAAGGUGGCGGAAAAUCAGAUGUUCCUGAUUUUUAUGAACAUAUUAUGGAAUAUUAGGACUAAUAAAUUAUUGUUAAGUUGAUAUUUUUGUAUAUGAAAACACGUAAGAUAAAUAAAUAAUUGUGAAAAUAAA